UUAUAAAGUGGACAUAUCAUAUUUAAAUUUUUUACAUGUAUAGAGAGAAAAAUAUGGCUAAAACUCUCAAGUUUGUGUAUGUUAUUGUUUUAUUUCUAUCCCUUUUCCUUGCUGCAAAAAACAUUGAUGGGAGGGUUUCUUACAACUCCUUUAUAGCAUUACCUGUUUGUCAAACUGCUGCUGAUUGUCCAGAAGGUACCAGAGGUCGCACAUAUAAGUGUAUCAACAACAAAUGUAGAUAUCCUAAAUUGUUGAAACCGAUUCAAUGAGUGUGAAUCCCAAGAGAGUAAACUUACGCCAUUCAUGGAAGAAUGAGUUCUUAUGGUAAAAAAAUCUAUCAAUUUACCUUUUGAUAGAAUAUUCCUUAGUUCAUCUUUAGUUAUUGUGCCGACAUCAAAUAAUUGUAUUUUCUAUAUUUGUUUUUAUAAUUUCAUCAAUGUCCAAUCAAGUUAACAUGUUUGUGUAACUCCCUAUAUUUUAUUGAAAUAUUUAGAUCCUACACUAUAUUUGUUUAAUGUGAGAUGUUAAUUUAUCCUCACCUAAAAACAUUGGUGAAUAUUUAUGUAAUUUAAAUUUUUAAUAAA